CCAGGUCCACGUGAACUUCCCAACCAGUGUCUGAUAAAGCGAAACAAGAAGACCUCGACAUUUUAUCUAUAUCUUGCCUUAACACCAUCAUUCACAGACAAAGGGAAGUUUUUGUUGGCGGCUAGAAGAUACAGGUUUGGUACCCAUACUGAAUAUAUAAUAUCACUUGAUGCCGAGGACUUAUCCCAAGGAAGCAAUGCUUAUGUUGGAAAAUUAAGCUCGGAUUUUCUUGGCACCAACUUCACAAUUUACGACAGUCAACCACCCCAUGCUGGUGCAAAACCAUCGAGUGGCAGGUCUAGUCGCCGUUUUGCCAGCAAACAGAUAAGCCCUCAAGUUCCUGCUGGUAACUUUGAAGUGGGGCAGGUCUCCUACAAGUUCAACCUCUUGAAAUCAAGAGGGCCAAGGAGGAUGGUUUGCUCCCUCAAGUGUCCCGCAACACCAUUGGGAGAAACUUCAGAUAUCACAUCAUUGGACGGCAACAAGACAAACAGUAAAGAUCAAGCUACUCCUACCUGCACAGUCUUGAAGAACAAAGCACCAAGGUGGCACGAGCAUUUGCAGUGCUGGUGCUUGAAUUUUCAUGGCCGCGUGACAGUAGCAUCCGUGAAGAACUUUCAGCUGGUUGCUACGGUGGACCAAAGCCAACCAGGAGGGAAAGGAGAUGAGGACACGGUUCUCCUGCAGUUUGGCAAAGUGGGGGAUGAUACUUUCACCAUGGAUUAUAGGCAGCCCUUAUCUGCCUUUCAGGCAUUUGCCAUUUGCUUGACUAGCUUUGGCACUAAACUGGCAUGUGAGUAAUAUAUAGUAUGUGUCAUUAUGCUUAUUUAUUCCGUGGAAUGUUGUACGUCAAUAGUUUAUUUUUGUUUAAUAUUUUUUCCCCGGCUGAGUCCAUAAAUUUGAUUUCAGGAAGCUUGUUGUAAGUAAAUGUUGUUAUAUUAUCAAUAGAACAUGACAUCUUCCAUAAUGAAAACAUGUUGGUCCCUUCCUGCA